CAUCUAGGCUGCUGGCGAAGGAGACUAUUGUAUUUCACGCAUGCAAGCAGUCCUCGCGCCGGGAAGUCAGUCGGCUUUCCGUUUCCUGUCUAGAGAUCCGCUCAACCACAUCUCAUCAUAAUGCCAAAAUCAAAGGAAGUGCUGUCUUCUACGUCUGGAAGUGACUCUGACAGUGAAGUAGAGACCAAGGCGAAGAGAAAGAAGUCAAGUGCACCAGAGAAACCAGCCAAGAAACCAAAGAGCGGAGAGAGUUCCAAGCCAGGUGGCUCAUCCAAGGGCAACAGUAAUGGGGAGGACAACAUGUUCCAGAUUGGAAAGAUGAGGUAUGUCAGUGUGAGGGACUUCAAAGGGAAAUGCCUGAUUGACAUCAGAGAGUACUGGAUGAACCAAGAUGGGGAGAUGAAGCCAGGAAAGAAAGGUAUCUCCCUGAAUCCUGAGCAAUGGAACCAACUGAAGGACCAGAUUUCAGAAAUUGACGACGCCAUAAAGAGAAUAUAAGCAUUCCUUUCAAUGUUACCUGUUGAAUUAAUUACGUUAAAUUAGCUAAUCCGUUUUGUAAAACGCCUUAGAUUGUUUUUUAAUGGACUUGUUUAGUUUGUGGUUGUAUAGAUCUAGUGUUGUCCGCAUACGCUGGUGUUCUGUGUGAAACUUGUUAAAGGCGUGGGUGGAUGAGUAGGUGGGUGAUCAUUACAGUCUGUGGGUAGAAUACAUUGGUGUUUUGGUAUUGAAUGGAGAAAAAAACAAAGGCACUAGCUUAUUAUGUUGUCAAUGUGUGUAAAUGUGUGUUCAUGGCUUGACUAUCAUGUACAUUAUUUUGUUUGAUCUGACCUUUGUAAUACGUAGCACCCGACAUCAGUGCUCUUCAAUUCUGAAAGCCGAGUCCACUCUGUCAUGUUGUACCUGCAAGCGGUUAGAGUCAUGGAGUACCAUGGGAUUAGGUUUUGAAAAUAAAUGAUACUAUUAAACAAA